UAACAUUUUUGGCUUACACUGAUUGCAACACCAAUAAUAUUUUAUUUGCUGUUUUUCCUUUCUAAAACUGUUUGUUCUUCACUCAACAAUGAAAUAUUUUUAGAAUACAAAGCAAUUAGUUCUUAGACAAACAAGACAAACAUUUGUUUUACAAUCUUCCACUCUUUCAUAUAGCAGCCAGCUUUGUUAUAUCCCACAAAAUUGCAAGAUAUGAUAAUCUAUGCUCUAGUCAGGAAUUUAUCUAAGACUGUUAUGUAGAGACGGGGAGUCUGUAGCAUGCCGCCACGCACGCACCCCGCUCCAAACACCCUCACCCACCCUUUCUCUACUUCUUCUGAGAGGGUGUGAUGUGCUGCCAGCUCUUUGUCCAACAGGUAAUUUGAGUUCCGGGAGUCUGUUGGGUAUUAUCCUGUCCAGAACUGAAGUAAACUCUGCUUUAGCUGGACUAUCAAGGAAGAUUCGCCUGGUUCCUAUCAGCCUUCAUCCCCUGUGAUUUAGCCAAGCUGUGCAACCUCGAAGCCAGUUUCACAGAGUAUGCCUGUUAACAGCCGCUGUCCCUCUUUGUUUCAACAUGCACUUGUUUCUGAACCAGGUCAGUUUUAGUGACUCAUGCAAGUCUCAAGGGGGUUGUUUUUAAUAUAGUUUAGGCCAAAGCAACCUAUUAAAACUUAAUUUUCUAGAACCAUUCACUGUAGCGAUUAGGGAAGAAACUGUUUCUCAGCCUGGUUUUCUUGCCCUUCUUCCUCACCCUCCUACUUGAGGGAAGGGGCUGGAACAGACUGUGUGCAGGAUGGAGUCCUUCACGAUGUGGAGCCCCUUAUCCCUGAGUAAUGAUGAGUCUCUACCCAUCAUUAUGGUGGAGGGAAGGCUACUCCCCACAGUCCUCGGAGCAGCCUUAUCCACCCUCUGCAGGAUGAGUUUCUCCAUACUUGACUCUUCUUCUCCAUCUCCCAACACCAUCCCUGCGCCCUUCCCUUCUCACUCCUGUGUGACGCACUGCCCUGAACUCGACCUGUCGGUCAGUCUUAGCCCAGCCCCAAACCCUGACCACAUGCAACAGAAGACCUGUCGGCUAAAGCAGAGUCAACACAGUGACGAACCCCAACAAAGGCCCCACCCACGAAGACAGACUGAAAGGAAAAGGAACACAAAGGUGUGUUUUGAAGAGCCAGAGGCUGUUAGAGUAACACCCGAUCGACGCAUUGUUCCUCAUCAGCACCAUCUUAGAGGACAGAGAGGAAGCUCAAAAUAUUGCCAUGUUGGAAGAUGUUCUAUGGAGCCUCCUGCUGCAGGACUUGUCUGGAACCCAGGCUGUCUUGACAACGCAGAGCUGAAUUCCACUUUGGCCCUGAAGGUGGAGCUUCUGUCACUUCAGGAGAUGGAGUUUAAUUCCAAGAAAGCCCUUCAGCAGACUCUGCUGAAAUCAAGAAGGACCAAGACUUUGAUCGAUGCCAGAGCAAUUGAAGUGGUGAAUGUCUCUCCCUCUCAACACCUCUUCAACUCUCUGGUGAGCGUCAGUGUGCAGGAGGAUGAGUUGCUAAGCCAGGUGCUGCAGGCCAAGCUCAUUUUGGCUCCACUGCCUUCCCACUAUUAUAAGUCAGCAGAGAGCCCCUCCCUCAACUUCUUCAUCACCUCUGAGCUGUUCAGAAAGAAACCUCUCCAACAAGAAGAGGAGCCAGCCAAGUGUAAACCUUCCCCAAUGGCAUGCCCGGCGUACUCUACCUUUGACCUAUACAGGAGACAGAGAUGCUGGGAGGCCAUACCCUGACAUACACUUUAGAGAUUUUCAUCUAUAAAUGUAACCUAUAUCUGUUCUUUAUGUUGUCUCAGAAAGGGGUCUGGUUUUAUAUUCACUUAUGCAUUUAGCCUCAAGGGCAAUCAGGUUUGAUUACAUUUGUUAUUAUAUGCUGUAUUUAUUCCUAAUAUUUUAUGUGAAGGCUUUAAAAUUAGUUUUCUGAUUCCUCUGUGUAAAAAAGUCAUCAUUAACAGCUGGUUUAACCAAUUGUGGUUCUUGUAAAUGCUUUUCAUAAUAUCUAUUUAAUUGUUUUAGUGUUAAACUUACUAAAGAUAAAUUUUCAAAUAAA